AUGGUCCGGGAAGCUAAGAUAGACGCCCGGGUGUAUGGCGUUGAUGCGCAGCGGUUUUACGACAUCGUGUACGCUGACGCGGCCCCCCUGAAGCGCUACCACGCGACCGCCAACGGCUGCAACCACGCGGUCGCGUCGCCCUGGCUGGACGGCCGCCGCACCGUGCACUUUACCAUUGCCCUGGCGCUGCCCUCAGCCUUUCAAAAGAUCGUCGGUGAGGGGGCGGGGCUGGGGGCAGCCCAGGAGGCGCGCGACGUGCAGGCGUACGCCUGCGCCCGAAACGGCUGCGCCGCGGCGCGGGCGGGGCCGCGGCUUGCAGCUCGCGCCGGGCCCAUCCCAGUGCGCGAGGUCCAGACUGUUGUGUGGGACGGCGGCUGCAGCUUCACAGUGACGUCAGAGCCGGAACUGACGUUCCCCGGCGCCGCCAACUUCCCGACCCACGCGCAGCUGACGGUGCGCGACGCGCCCUGCGGCGCGCUGGCCGCCGUCGCGCUGUCGUGCCUGGUGCGCUGCAGCGCGGGCGUGCCGUGGGUCAUGCAGAAGACGGUGGAGGGGCUGAUGGCCGACCAGGCCAAGCAGUCACUGGCUGGAUUCCUCGACUUCUGCGAGAUGCUCUGCAAGGAGCACCUGGCUGCCCCUGUUCCCGCACCACGGCCAAAGCUGGCUCCCCUCGCUUCGGAGCCUGGCCCGGCGGCAGCUGCCGCCGUGGUUGUGGACGCGACGGGGGACGCUUUGACAUGCGACAGCAGCGCCGGCAGCGGCAGCAGCCGCGGCAUCGGCGCGCGCAUCAAGGGGGACAAGGAAUGGGUGGUCGCGCCCGACACGCCGCCACUCGCGGCCAGCAGCGGCGCGGCGGAGGCGGCCGCGGUGGUGGCGGCGGCGCGGCUGCUGCUCUCCGCUGCGACGCCGCAGGCGGACGCGGCGAGCGCCACGUUGGUCGUGCCCACGGCGCACGAGGGCGGUGCCCUGCCUGCCUGUGCGGCUUCCGGGCCCAGUUCACCGUUGGCAGGUGCGGCUGCUGAGGGCGCCGCCCUGCUUGCUGCGGCGCCCUCCGAGAGUGCCGCGCCAUUCGAGGCGGCCGCGCAGUCCGACAGUGCCGAGCUGCACGAGGCUGCGGCGCAGUCCGAGAUUGCCGAGCCGUCCGUGGCUGAGGCGCAGUCCGAGAGUGCCGCGCAGUCCGAGGCUGAGGCACAGUCGGAGGGUGCCGCGCCGUCUGAGGUUGUGGCGCAGUUCGAGAGUGCCGUGCCGUCUGAGGUUGUGGCGCAGUCUCAGAAUGCCGCGCCUUCCGAGGCUGCGGCACAGUCCGAGGACUCGGGGGCCGAGAGCGAGGACGAGUUUUUCGAUGCGACAGAGGGCGGCCUGCGGCGGCAGCAGCUUGAGCAGCGGCUGCUGGACGAGCAGCCGCAGCAGGAGGAGGAGCUGCAGCAGCGGGAGCAGCAGCAGCAGCAGCAGCAUCCAUUAGAGGAGCAGCAGCAGCAGCAAGAGGAGCAGCAGCAUCGGCAGCAGGAUGUCGCAUCUCGCAGCAUUUCAAGGGUGGUGGCGGCAUCGGCGCCCCCUGCAGCAGCGCCGGCCGACGCGGUGCAGUUGAUCGAGUCUUUGGUGGGGCAGAUAGCAGAGCUUGGGCAGGCCCAAUUGAACAGCAACAGGCUGCUGGCCGAGGUGGAGGCGCGCCUGCGCAGCGUUGAGCUGGACCUGGCUAAGGCGCUGGCCUACCAGGAGGGCCAGGCCUCAGUGCUGGACCUCGUGCGGCGCAGGGGCGGCCUGCAGUAUGCCAGCGGCGGCCUCGGGGCCGGCACGGCGGCGCUGCUGGUGGCGGCGGCGGCCGCGGGCGGCGUCGCCGCGCUCGUGCUGCUGCGGCGCAGGGCGGGCUGA